AUGACCAGCUCAAGGGCCUUCACCCUCCUCUGUGGUCUGCUGGCAGCCACCUUGGUCGGAGCCACCCUCAGCCCUCCUGCAGUUCUCAUCCUCGGCCCAGAAAUCAUCAGUGAAAGGCUGACUCAGGAGCUGAAGGAACGUGAUGCUCUCAACAUCCUGCAGCAGCUGCCUCUGCUCAGCGCCAUUCGGGAGAAGCCAGCCGGGGGCAUCCCCAUACUAGGCAACCUGGUGAACUCUGUUCUGAACCUCAUUAUCUGGCUGAAAGUCACCUCAGCCAACAUCCUCCAGGUGCAGGUGCAGCCCUCUGCUGACAACAAGGAGCUAAUGGUCAAGAUCCCACUGGACAUGGUGGCUGGAUUCAACACGCCCCUGGUGAAGACCAUUGUGGAGAUACACAUGGAGACAGAGGCCCAAGCCACCAUCCGAGUGGAGACCAGCAACAGAAAGAAGCCUCACCUUGUCCUCAGCAGUUGCUCUAACAGCCACGGGAGUUUGCGCAUCAGCCUGCUGCAGAAGCUCUCCUUCCUGGUCAACCCCUUAGCCAACAAUGUCCUGAAACUCCUGAUGCCAGCCCUGCCUAAACUGGUGAAAAGCCAGCUGUGUCCCGUGAUCGAGGAGGCCUUUGAGGACAUGCAUGAGGACCUCCUGCGCCUGGUGAGCAUGCCUGUUCCCAUCGGCCAUGACCACCUGAACUUUGACUUUCUGUCUCCUGCCAUCAAGGGUAAUGUCAUCCAGUUCAACCUGGGGGCCAAGCUGUUGGACUCACAGGAAAAUGUGGAAAAGUGGUUCAAUGAGUCUGCAGUUUCCCUGACAAUGCCCGCCCUGGACAUUGCCCCUUUCAGCCUCACCAUAAGGCAGGAUGUGGUGAAUGCUGCAAUGGCUGCCCUGAUCCCUCCAGAAGAAAUCAUGGUCCUGUUGGACUAUGUGCUUCCCGAGCUGGCCCUCCGGCUGAAGUCCAACAUCAGGGUGAUCAGUGAAAAGGCUGCGGAUCAGCUGGGGCACACACAGAUCGUGAAGAUCCUAAUCCAGGAGUCCCCAGAGAUCCUUCUGGACCAGGGUAAUGCCAAGAUGGCCCAACUCAUCAUACUGGAAGUAUUUGCCACCAAUGAAGUCCGCCGCCCCUUCUUCACUCUGGGCAUUGAAGCCAGCUCAGAUGCUCAGUUUCAUACCGAAGGUGACCGACUUUUGCUGAGCUUAAAUGAAGUCAGCCCUGAUCGGAUCCACCUGAUGAACUCAUACAUCGGCCUGUUCAACCCUGAACUUCUGAAAGACAUCACUACUGAGAUCCUUGACUCUGUUCUGCUGCCAAAUGAGAAUGGCAAAUUAAGAUCUGGGGUCUCAGUGCCCAUAGUGAAGUCCUUGGGAUUCAAGGCAGCUUCAUUGUCUCUGACCAAGGAUGCUCUUGUGGUCACCCCGGCCUCCGUGUAGAACCCCAGACCCUUCUCCUCUCUUCCAGUGAAG